AUGAGAAUGAAUAACAUAUAUGUCAGAGAAUCUUCGACAAUGCAGUAUGAAAGUCAAAUAAGCAAAUACGAGUAUAUGACCGAUCAGGUGCAUGAUACACUGGGAAUUGGUCCCACCUACUUUGAGCAACUACCUCAAAGGAUAUUAACAGUGACACGACCUAUUCUUCCCACGCUGGAAAGUUCGAAUUCAUUCUUUGUGCCGACUUUAUCAAAUAGAAAUACACUGUCAAAUCGAGUUGUUUCUCCCUGUGUGAAUGAUUACCAGCAGACAUUGCUUUAUCCUAACGCUAAGCGAUUGAAAACAGAUCCUUUCGAUUCGUCAAAUGGUUCAGAGACUAAUACAAUGAAAACGGAGCCAUAUGAGACUAUUUCUGAACAAGUAAUCUCAAAUGAGAUUGUAGAUAGAAACCCACAAAAGUUCAGCAAUGAAAUUGUUGAAUUUGUUUCUUGUUUCAACUUAACAGAUGUUGAACAUAAUAGCAAACAAUGGUUAUACAAUGGUCGUUUACUUCAGACUUUUAAACUCGAUCAAGAAAUCCACUUUGAACUAUUACUUGAAAACGAUCCAGUCAUUGAUGUUUCUAUACAUCUUGUUAUAGAAAUGAAAACUCAUCAAGUUGACGGCGUCAGAUUUCUAUGGAAUCAAAUCAAGGCGGCUCGGGUGCUAUUCUCGCUCAUUGUAUGGGAUUAG